AUGGCAAUGAAUAACAGUGUGAUUGAAUUCAUUUUGUUUGGGUUGACACAGGAUGCAGGGAAGCAGAAAGCAGUAUUUAUGGUCUUCCUGAUUCUUUACCUUGCAACGCUGUCAGGGAACUUUCUCGUUGUAGCGACUAUUAAAACAAGCAGGACGCUUGGGGGUCCCAUGUACGUCUUCCUGUUCUACCUGUCCUUUGCUGAUGUCUGCCUCUCUACAACCAUGGCCCCCAGAUUGAUUGUGAAUGCCAUUUCCCAGAAUAAGACCAUUUCCUACAAUGAGUGUAUGACUCAGGUCUUUGCAGCCCAUUUCUUUGGGUGCAUGGAGAUCUUUGUGCUCAUCCUCAUGGCCUUUGAUCGCUAUGUCGCCAUUUGUAAGCUCUUGCGAUACCUGACCAUCAUGAGUCAGAGAGUCUGUGGCAUGUUGGUGAUUUUGGCCUGGGUGGGGUCUGGUAUCCACUCUACAGCACAGAUUUUCCUAGCUUUGCAAUUGCCCUUCUGUGGCCCCAAUGUGAUUGAUCACUAUUUUUGUGACUUGCAGCCUUUGAUGAAACUUGCCUGCAUGGACAUGUAUGUGAUAAAUCUGCUACUUGUGUCUAAUAGUGGGGCCAUUUGCAUGGUGAGUUUUAUAAUCCUGUUUAUCUCCUAUGUUGUCAUCUUGUAUUCUUUGAGAAACCACAGCACAGAAGGAAGGAGAAAAGCCCUUUCCACAUGCACAACCCACUUUAUUAUGAUUGUCAUAUUUUUUGGUCCAUGUGUAUUCAUAUACACUCGCCCACCAACCACAUUUUCAAUAGACAAGAUGGUGGCUGUGUUUUAUACAAUUGGGACACCCUUGCUCAACCCUCUGAUCUAUACACUGAGGAAUGAGGAGGUGAAAAAUGCCAUGAAAAAGUUAUGGUGUAACAAAGUAUGA